UUCUGUAGUUAAGUCGUCUACAAAGGAUUUAUCUUUCCCAAUAUUUGAAAUUACAAGUCAGCCUACUCUCCACCGCCAGCACUUGACAGGCAGCGGAGUGCGUUGCAAUUGUAUGAUGUUGGGUGCCCAGAAGACACCUAUCGCUAUUCGCGGCACAUCGGGAAAGGUGAUUAUCGUCUAUUCCAGCAUGGAUUCUGACUUAGAGGCGUUCAGCCAUAAUCCUACAGAUGGUAGCUUGGCGGCACUAGCUUUUCAGCUAACCGCAGUUACCAAUUAUCUGAACCAACGGUUCCUCUCGUACUGGGUUGGAUUACUGUUUAGACAACGAACUCAUCAGUAGGGUA